AUGGAUACUUUCGAAAAACCAGAAACUGCUCAACUCGAAGCUGCUCGAGAACCACCUUCGGCUCAAAAUGGUUAUCACAUUGAUGCUGCGAUAGAGAAGAGACUUGUGCGAAAAUUGGAUAAACACCUUAUUCCAUUGGUGUUGUUAUUGUAUCUUCUAUCAUAUCUUGAUCGAUCGAAUAUUGGAAAUGCUAAAACUGCGGGCAUGUCAAAAGACCUCGGAAUAUCAAGCAGCGAAUAUGAAUGGUUGUUGACAAUUUUCUACAUCGCAUACAUUGUGUUUGAAUGGUUUGCUUUGAUGUGGAAGGUUCUUCCCCCACAUGUAUGGGCUUGUUUCUGUGUAGUUGGAUGGGGUACCGUUGCCACUCUUCAAUCAGCCACCCAAUCAUGGUCUGGUAUGAUGGCAGCAAGGUUUUUCCUCGGAUUCUUCGAAGCCGGUUAUGGUCCCGGUAUUCCAUACCUUCUUUCUUUCUUCUAUCUACGUCACGAAAUCGGUAUACGAAUCGGAAUUUUCCUCAGUGCUGCACCCUUGGCAACAUGCUUCGCCGGUGCAUUGGCAUAUGGAAUUACUAGUGGACAUGCCGCGAUUGCAAAUUGGCGUCUUCUAUUUUUGGUUGAAGGUUUACCAUGUGUAGCCGCUGGAAUCAUGACAUUUUUUGUCCUACCCGAUAGUCCAGAGAAAGCACGCUUCUUAAACGAGGAAGAAAGAGCGGUCGCUAAAGCACGAGGCGUAAGACAAGUAGGCGCAGAGGAAGAACAUCGUGUUGGAGGUGUCAAAUGGGCUGAUAUUGCUGCAGCUCUUGUGGAUCCAAAGAAUUGGCUCACAGCCUUGAUGUACUUCUCAUGCAAUGUAUCCUUUAGCUCCCUCCCCGUAUUCCUCCCCACUAUUCUUAACGAGAUGGGGUUUUCAUCCAUCAACGCCCAGGGUUUAUCCGCUCCCCCAUAUUUCCUCGCGUUCAUCGUCGUCAUCCUCUCAACCUACAUUGCUGAUCGCACUCAACAACGUGGUUUGGUAAUCAUGUUCCUCUCGGUUAUUGGUGCCAUCGGAUACAUCUUAUUGGCCACCACUUCCACAACCGGGCCCCGCUACACGGGUGUCUUCUUCGCCGCCGCAGGAAUCUUCCCCGCCAUCUCUAACAUCCUCCCUUGGGUUUUGAAUAAUCAAGGCUCAGACACCAAGCGUGGCACGGGAAUCGCCCUCCUCAAUAUGGUGGGUCAAUGUGGUCCACUUCUUGGGACGAGAAUGUAUCCCUCGAAAGAUGGUCCAUAUUACCGCAAGGGAAUGUGGGUGUGCACUGCGUUUAUGAUUUUCAAUGGUAUUUUAGCGCUGGCGUUGAGAAUAUUGUUGAAUUGGGAGAAUAAGAGAUUGGAUGAGAAGUAUGGGGUGGUGGGUAGGAGGGAUGCGAAGGGUAAUGUGGUGGGUGAGAAAGAGGCUGAGGAUAAGUUGGGCGAGAAGUCAUAUGUGGGUGGAGAGGCGGGAGAUGAAAAUGAUGGUCCUAGGUUUAGAUAUGUGUUGUGA